GUUCGCUCUUUCAAAUCCUGGUGCUGGAGUCGGUCCCUGAUAUCAACCUCCUGGACUACCUGCCAGAAAUCCUGGACGGACUCUUUCAGAUUUUGGGGAACAGCAGCAAGGAGAUCCGCAGAACGAUGUGUGACAGUGGGGAGGGGCUGUACACCUUCCAGACGCGGGAGGGAGAGCAGAUCUACCAGAGGGUCCACUCUGCCACACUCGCCAUCGCUGAGCAGCACAAGAGAGCCCUGCUGGAGCUGGAGAAGAAUAGCAGGUUGCUGUCGAAAGGCUCGGAGGCGGGUUCGUACCCCUGCACCCCCACGGCCAUCCUGCCCCGCAGUGCCUUCUGGCACCACAUCACGGGCACGCCCGCCGGACUGGACAGCGCCAACGGUGACCUGUUCGGCGGUUCGCAGACUGACCCUGAGUCAGACCUGCUGCCCACACGCCUGCCCACAGAACGCCACAGCACCGUUCCCCUCCGUCACAGCCGGCACCCCCCCGGACACUACCCCUCCUACCCCAGCCAGUGAGGGGCGCUGUGGGCCCUCUUCCUUACCACCUCGUAUCUCACCCUCUCCUCUUCACUGGAGCACAGGACUUCAUUUCACCUUCCUGCCCCUACCCACCCUACCACAACCCCACCCCACUCUACCCCAAAAGCACCACCCCCCCUUGGGCCAGUGAGGGGGUGGAAGGAUGCCAGGCAGUGGGGGGCAGGGUCUGAGGGAAUGCCCCCCCCCCCCCCCCUUCUCGAAAGACGGGAGGAGCCAGGCCAUGCAGCUGCCACAUCUCCCAGCAAGACUACAACUCCCAGCAAGCCCCAGGGAGGAGCAUACAGGAAGUCCUGAAGAUGGAGAGGUCUGGAGCUGGAGGCUGACCCGGCGUAGUCGCAUUGGCCACGUAGCCAGACGCUUUUGUUUAUUCGUGACCCUUAUCUGUGUGAAUCUCUCUUGUGCAUGCCCCGUCAGAGAGGAACGUCAUGGCAAACGUGUGUGUGUGUGUGUUUGUGUGGGGGAAAGGAGGAAGGUUCCCUUGCGAUGCCUCCUGUGGUUUGAUUACCCCCGGACUGGUUUUGCUUUGGUCGUCAUGGUCCCUUUAGGGUUGCCAGGCCGACCCGGACAGACUUCUCCACCUCCUCGUGUGAGCCGAGUCCCGUCGAGGGUCCGGAGACAGAGUCGCACCCCGCUGCAAGUCUUCAGCACACAAGAAAAACCUGUCGCUGGACAAACCACAGCCCACACGGUUCUGCAGCAUGAUUACAGUGUGGCUUGUAGCUCGCUUGAAUCCCUUCGACACACACAAAAGUCUGUAAGCUAAGAGGGUUCUGUCUCUCCAUUGAAAAUAAAUGCACAAUUACCCAUAAUCGCACAGGCAAGUCUCAGUGCUUGAGGAAGACAGAGCUUCAGUAGCCAUUCCCGGAAAAGAAGACGAAAGUCUGUCGUUUUCUUUCUCUUCCAUCCCUCUCUCAUUUUUUGUAGCUGACGGAGCAACUUGGACAAAUCUCUGUCCUCACCUCAAUUCUGAAUUCUGCUCUGGGCAAUCAGAAUGACCGGCACUGAGUUUGUACAGCAUUUGCAGAGAGGAGAGCAGCCAUUGGUCGGACCACAGGCAUGACUUUCCAGAGAUUUUUACGUCUUGUUUUUCAUUCAUCCAAUCAGAGGUCUUCUUCAUUUAGUAAUGGCAAAGUUCACUGGUGGGAGAGGUGGGUGUGGUUUCUUGAGUCUGCCUCUUUUUUUGGGAAUGUUGAAUCCUCUUCCCCGCUGUUUGUGAAAGAUCUGGGAAAGAAACCAGGCCAGGACCGGAAGAGACAGAUGAGAACGAGUGAAACUUCAGAUGUCUUAAUUUAUCCUUUACAAAAUAACCCACAUCUGAAUAAAACAUCAUGUAUCUUAGGACUUUGUGUUCCUAAAUGUUCAUACGUUUCCUUUCCUAAAACUAAUGUGAUGGUGGUGAUGAUGAUGAAGAUGAUAAUGAUUAUAAUAACUGUUAUUUGUGGGUGUUUAUUUCUUAUUUUGCUCCAUGAUGUUUUUGUUCUGACAGUAAUCUCGGUUACAGACCCGCGUGGUCUUGAAGUAACUUUUGCACUUAGAGUGAUGACUUCAAACAAUCUGUUUUAGACAACUCAGGAGAAAAUAGUUCUUCUAUCUGAGAGGUUGUUUUCUGAGUGUGAGCGAUAGGCACGGAGCAAGCUGUGGUCGGCGGAAUUCCCCAAGGUCGCGAGGUAGGGCAAUGAAACCUUCCCCUUCAUUUCUGUCCCGCCUGUCGAGCACAACCUCUAGGACGACCUUCACACCAAAUAAUUUCUUUAGGGCUAGGGAAGGUGUUCCACUCUGGCAGAGAGUGAUCUUACCCGCCCAGGACCGCAACCGCUGGUCAUGAACAUCACGUCCCAUAAUGCACUGCCCACAUCUUUUCCGCUCGUUAACCCUAGCUUGCCUUCACCAAACUGGAAUUCAUUUUCUGUAUCGGAAGUUUAUAUAUUGUGCUUUAGUAUUGUAUAGGGUGAUAGGUUGUGGGAGGGUAUUACUGACUGGCUAGUGAGGGAUAUUACUGAAUGACUAUUGUGAUGGUAUUGUGACUAUUGGGAGGAUAUUACUGAACACCCUCCCAAUGGGGGGUAUCACUGAAUGACUAUUGGGAGGGUAUUACUGAAUGACUAUUGGAAGGGUGUUACUGAAUGACUAUUGGAAGCAGUCUGGAUGAGGUGCGGAAUAUAAGCUCUUCAAACGAAAGCUAGACGAACAGUGGUUUUGCCAAUAAAGUUGACAUUCCCGAAUUACUUGCACCCUGCAUAAGACUGAAUGACUGGUAAAGGUAUUACUGAAUGACUAUUGAGAAGGGUGUUACUGAAUGACUAUUGGAAGGGUGUUACUGAAUUACUGGUAGGGGUAUUACUAAAUGACUAUUGAGAGGUUAUUAUUGAAUGACUAGUGGGAGGGUAUUACUGAAUGACUAGUGGGAGGGUGUUACUGAAUGACUAGUGGGAAGGUGUUACUGAAUGACUGGUAGGGGUAUUACUGAAUGGUUACUGGGAGGGUAUUACUGAAUGACUAGUGGGAAGUUAUUUCUGAUUGAUGGACAGGGCUGAUCUCUUUAAACUCAGCUCUCACUUCCUCAUUCCCACUGUAUUGUUUCUCAUCACUCUCACAUCCUUUUUUGAGGGACAGAUCCUGCUGACAUAUUAACGUUUUAUGUGAUUGCACAUAGAGUAAAAGGGAUGAAGGGACCGUUUUGGGCACAUAAGUCCAUGAGCACAUGCGGGGUUACAUUGCUAAAGUGGGACUGUUGGUUUGUCCUGGAUUACUGCAGCUGUGGAUAGGUUUGGCUUGUGUUCAGCAAGGUCUGCUAGAGUGGAACACCUUUAUGUCUAAGGCUAGUUAUACAAUGCUGGAAUCUAAUAAAGACCACACGUGUAUGUAUAAUUUAUUCCAUGUUAACUUUAAGAAGGGCUAAGCUUUUGUUGAACAUAUCUCUUCCUUUAGUGUCAUGUACAGCUAUAUAAUCUGUUAUAUUGUUAUAUUGUUGGUGCCCAUCGGGCCCAAAUUUAUUUCACACGGUGUGUUUGUGAGAGAGAGAGACUUUUGGGAAGGGAAGAUUAGAUUUCUGUCCUUUAUGUAUGCCAUGAAAAGCUGCACACGUUGUGUAAUGGUGGGGAAACGAUGCCAGAUGUUAUAUUGUUUAUCCAGAAGUGUCUGUUGCUGAGCGUGUGAAG